GUUUUUUUUUUCACAUCAAAAUCCAAGUUAUGGGAAAAUAUUAGUAUUCGACCUGUUUUGUAAUUUCCGAGUUUCAUUAAACGCCACAUCACUGUGAAAGCGAUAGCUCGAGAGGUUUGACAAUUGUAUUUUACUAUUAGUAAUACUAAUUUAUUAAAAGUUAUAAGUUUUUAUCCUUAACCGUGUUUAGCAAUAUUAUACAGCAGUCGUUAUAAAUAACAUUUUAAAAGUAUAUAAUCAGCAUUUAACGCGUUUCCACAACUCCGAAGCUAACGUGUUGCUAACUAGCUAAACAAGUAAACACGCUGCACCUCGUCGCCGAGAACGUGAUGUGACAAAACUGACUCUGGGAGCCAAGAAAAAAAGGAUGGGAAAGUGGAACAGGAAACCAGGUCGUCGCCAGGGGUGGCACAGAAGCACCCGUCAAACUCGAGGCGACGAACAGUGGUAUGAUAAUAAUGAAGCAGGACCAUCAAACAGAGCUUCGAGCUCUGAUCACCAGUCUUCCUCUAAAACUAGCAAUGCAGCACCAGAGCUGCCUGGUUUCUACUUCGACCCGGAGAAGAACCGCUACUUCCGUCUGCUGCCCGGACACAACAACUGUAACCCACUGACCCGGGAGCAGCUGCGAGAGAAGGAACGGGAGAAACGGAGGCAUGAGAUGCUCGCAGAAGAUGACAAGCCCAGAAAAAAAGCGCCGAGAACAGGACUGAACACUUCGCUGCUGCUGCAGAAAAGACAUCUCGGGCUGCUACCGGAGAACUCCUACAGCAGGCUCAUUCACGAGGUGAAGGUCAGCGGGAUGAGGCGCCACAAGCUGGAGAUCCGGAUCACAGACAACAGCAACCCGAACGCCCACAACUUCCGCCUCAUAGUGGGGGACUCGGCGUGCGAGCGAGUGUUCACGGUCAACGACGUGUCUCACGGCGGCUGCCAGUACGGCAUCAUGAACUUCAGCAGCAGCAGCCRGGGCUCUCUGUCGGUGGAAAUGUGCGAUAACCUGUACUUCACCAACCGCAAGGUGAAUUCCAUCUGCUGGGCCUCYGUCAACUACCCCGACUCUCACAUUCUGCUGUGUCUGGUGGGAGCGGCCGACACCCCCGGCUGCGUCAGUUUACUCCCCGCUUCGCUUUUCAGUAACUCCAACCAAGAUCAGCCUGGGAUGCUGUGUAGCUUCAAAAUAUCCACAGCCUGGUCRUGUGCUUGGUGCCUCAACCCACAGUUUGACAAGACUUUCAGCACCGGUUUGUCCCGCCGUGUCAUCGUGAAAGAYGCCGAGACGGCGCGAACGCAGACGUACGGCGUCGGCACCGACGUUUUGGCUCAACACUUCGCCCACAGAGUUCCCGUCCUGUUUAACGGCUGCAGAUCGGGGGAGAUCUUCAGCAUCGACCUGCGGCAGCGCGGCCGCCGGGAUCACGGCUGGAAGGCCAGCCGCUUCCAUCACCAGUCUGCCAUCACCGCCGUGCGAGUUCUGCAGGAUGAGAACUACCUGCUGGCUGCCGACAUGCUGGGCCAGAUCAAGCUGUGGGAUGUGCGUGUAACAAAGCCAGUGCAGGAGUACAAAGGGCAUCACAACGAGCACGCCUACCUUCCCAUCCACGUCAACGAACGCGAAGGACUUCUUUUAGCAGCGGGUCAGGAUUGCUACACGAGGAUUUGGAGCCUAAAGGACGGUCAUCUCCUCAGGACCAUCCCGUCGCCCCAUCCAGCUGCAAAUGACAUGAUCCCGAACGUGGUCUUCUCCUCAAAUUUGGGUGGCUGCAGGGGGCUCCCAGGGCUGCUCAUGGCUGUCAAACAUGACCUGUACUACUUCCCAUACAACACCGACUACCAGGAGGGAGAAGAGCUGAGAGAGGGAUAACAUCUCCUUUUGUUUUGUUUCAUUAAAAGGUCGGAGCUAGAUGGUUUUAUCUGAAUCAUUCAAGGGAUCCACGAUUAGUUGUAACAUUAAACUUUAUUAAACAUUUACUUUAACUGUAAAAUAAAGACUGUAAAAAUA